GCAAGCGGAAGUGGACAAAUUUGAAUUCUGCGAGCCGUUGGAUGGGGCUGAGCCGGGUGGGCGUACGACAGCGCUGCGGUCGACGUGAGCGGUAACGCAUCGACCCGGGGACUUACACUCCGCGCCUGGUGAGGACGUGUCCCGGAGGGACGGAGGGUCACGGGCGGCCGGUAAGAUGAAUGAAAAUAAACCUGGUAAUUCACAAAGUCUUGCUUGUGUUUUCUGCCGAAAAAAUGAUGACUGUCCCAAUAAAUAUGGAGAAAAGAAAACGUGUGAAAAAUGGAAUUUCAGUGUCCACUACUACUGUUUGUUAAUGUCAAGUGGAAUUUGGCAGAGAGGUAAAGAAGAAGAAGGAGUUUAUGGCUUCCUAAUAGAAGACAUCAGGAAGGAGGUCAAUAGAGCUUCCAAGCUGAAAUGUACAGUCUGCAAGAAGAAUGGUGCUUCAAUCGGAUGUGUUGUACCCCAGUGUAAACGAAGUUAUCACUUGCCGUGUGGACUUCAGAAAGAAUGUAUUUUCCAGUUCACUGACAAUUUUGCGUCAUUUUGCUGGAAACAUCGACCGGUUCAAGCAAUUACAUCUAAUAAAUAUAGAGACUCUUUACCAUGUACUAUCUGUUUGGAGUUUGUCGAGCCGAUCCCUACUUAUAACAUAUUGCAGAGUCCCUGCUGUAAGAACGCUUGGUUUCAUAGAGACUGUUUACAGGUUCAAGCAAUAAACGCAGGAGUGUUUUUCUUUAGAUGUACACUAUGCAAUAAUACCGACAUCUUUCAGAAAGAGAUGUUGAGAAUGGGAAUUCAUAUUCCUGAAAAAGAUGCAUCCUGGGAGUUAGAAGAAAAUGCUUAUCAAGAGCUGUUGCAGAGCCAUGACCGCUGUGAUGUCCGAAGAUGUCACUGCAAAGAGGGCAGAGAGUACAAUGAACCUAACAGCAAAUGGGAAAUAAAGCGAUGUCAGUGUUGUGGUUCUAGUGGAACACACUUGGCCUGUUCCUCACUCCAGUCUUGGGAAAAAAAUUGGGAGUGUUUGGACUGUAGAAGAAUUGCCUACACUUCAGAUUUCCAAAAGGCCCCCAAACACCCAUUAGCCAACUCUACUAAUGUGACAGUUACUGACUGCUUGUUGGAAGAGUCGUCACCUAAGCUCCCCAGACAGUCAACUGUAGCCCAGCAGAAAGAACUACUGAGGCAAGGCAGCAAAUUUAGGAGAGACAUUUCAACAAUAUUGAUAGAGUUAGGAUUCCAAAUUAAAAAGAAAGCUAAGACAUUAUACAUCAACAAGGCCAAUGUGUGGAGGAGUGCAGUAGAGCAGUUCCAGAGCCAGAAGUUUAACCCUUCAUACUCCAUUGAAGUAGUGUAUGUUAAUGACAAGGAUGAGGUUGGAAGCAAGCAUCCUGGAUCAAAGCAGGAAUUUCUGAGUCACUUAAUGCACCAUCUUGAGAAUUCAUCAGUGUUUGAAGGGUCCUUGGCAAAGAACUUGUCUCUAAAUUCUCAAGCUGUGAAAGAGAAUCUUUACUAUGAAGCUGGCAAAAUGCUUGCCAUUUCUUUAGUUCAUGGUGGUCCUUCGCCAGGUUUCUUUUCUGAAACCUUGUUUAAGUGCCUUGCUUAUGGACCAGAAAACGCUUUACCAACUCUGGAUGAUGUUUCAGACCUUGAUGUGGCACAGAUUAUAAUCAAGAUAGAUACUGCAGCUGAUUUAAACAUUUUAAAAUCAGUAAUAAACGAAUACUAUAACUACCUAGAAUUUAGUGGAUGUUUAAGACUUAUGACAACAUUAAGUGAUAAAUACAUGUUGGUAAAAGACAUCCUUUUCUACCAGGUAAUUAAGAGAGUCAAAGCACCUUUUGAGAGUUUUAAACAGGGUCUGAAAACGCUCGGUGUUUUAGAGAAAAUUCAAGCUUACCCAGAAGCAUUUUAUAACAUCCUCUGUCAUAAACCUGAGAGUCUCUCUGCAAAAAACCUCAGUGAUCUUUUCACAAUCCACAAGUUACCAGAUGUAAAAACUUCGAGGUUUUGGAACAGUUACUUACAGGCUGUAGAGGAUGGAAAGUCUGCAACAACACUGGAAGACAUUCUUCAUUUUGCAACCGGUUGUAGUUCCGUUCCACCUACUGGAUUUAAACCCGCUCCUUCCAUUGAAUGUCUGCAUGGCGAUUUUCCUGUUGCGAACAAGUGUAAUAACUGUUUAGCUCUACCUGUCACCAACACAUAUGAGGAGUUCCAAGAAAAUAUGGAUUUUGCCAUAAGAGACUCUAUAAGACUAGAAAAGGAAGAAAGGUCUCACUUAUUACCUCGGACAUUAAAUGUUUCUUCUAAUGAAGAAAUGCUGUUUUAAAGGCUGCUAUUGAUACCUGUUCUUAUUCAUCACUUUUGGACACUGGCCAACCUCUUGGUGCAACAAAAAAUAUAUGACGUUUUCAAAAAAGGAUGGUUUGGCCUCUGAACCACUGAAGCUUUGGUCCAGACCUUCUAGUCAUGCUUGGUGAUAGCUGUCCAUGACUGCUGCCGUCGUAACGUCACUCCUUCCUAUUGGCUCUUUCCUACUGCUGUGCUUUCUUGAUAACUUCACGGUUUUAGAAUGGUCGUACAGACCGUUGAGCUGUACAGGAGCUCAGCUCUAUUAGCAUGACAUGGAAGAAUUGCCUUUGUAGGAUGACACUUUCCUAGUUCUGUGCAGUCAUCAAAUUUGUGUUGUUUUGUUUGUUCUGCUUCACUGUUGGUGGUUUUUUGUUUUGUUUUGUUUUGUUUUGUUUUCCUUCUACAUAGUCCUGGUUGUCCUGGAACCUGGCUAUGUAGAACAAGCUGUCAAAUUUCUUUUUUUAAAGCAUUAAAUAGAAAAGUUGGCUAAGUCGUCUCAUAAAUCAGAGAUAUCGUAAAUGUAUUUUAAUUAAGUGACCAAUACAACUAUCCAAUAAUGACUAAUUGGAAAUACUGUAUGAAAAGCAAAGCUUUACAAAUAAUUCUAGGAUCUAUGUGUCCUCCUUAAGCUUAAAAUCAUGGCUCAGGAGUUUUCAGGUGUCCUUGAAAAUACCUUAGAAUACCUUGUAUGGUCAGUGUGUCUCAUAUAUGAAACCAUCUUGGCGUCUGAAGAAUCUCUGAACUUUAAUAUGGUUUUGCUACAUAACAACUAUUUAUUAUUAAGAUUGUUGAAUGAUUGGUAAGAUCUCACCAUAGCAUUCUAUAGUUACCUUCUUUUGCUUUCAAAAGAUACCUUGUAUAAUCAAUGAAUGAAUUAUAAUUUAAAACUACAAAUUUAAAAAAUACUCUAAUUUUGCCACAUAGAGAUAAUAAUGUAUUUUGUAUAUUCUUUAUAAACUAUUUAUUUUUCAAUUUUUUAUUAUCUUAUGACAGGGUCUUCUAUAGAGCCCGACUGUUAUAAAUUGCCAUCUUCCUGCCUUAGUCACAGUCAUUGCUGGGGCUGUGACGUAUAUCAAUGUGCCUAGCAAUGGUUUUUUUUUUUGAGUAUAUGAAUGCUAUCUAGUGUAACAAGAAACCAUGUAAUAAAAUCAAGUUACGUACAGUCUCUUUUCAAGGCAUGAAUGCACACUCCUGCGAGAGACUAAGGCAGGAGGAUCUGGUAUGAUAGCCCAAGUUUAAAACCAUCCUGGGCUGCGGGAGACCCUGCUUAAUAAAGAAAUAAGUACAUGACCCACUCAUGGCAAUGUCUUCACACAUUAACACAAAGUAUGUGUUAGCUGUUGGUCAUGUAUUGUUACUCCCAAGAAACACAAGACUUAAAAGGGAUUUCAACCCCUUAAACAACAGGACUGACUUGGUAUUGGUAAUACCCUUCUUAAUACCAAAGGAAAACUCAGUUGUCAUCACAGUGCCGUUUUCUUGCUUACCUCAGAACCUUCCAAGUUGUAUGUAACAGAGCUAAUAAAGUUUCUCUUUAUCUUGAGCAUUUAGCAUGAAGGCAUUUCUUUAUCUUGUGUUACAUUUUGCUAGAUGUUUAAAAGUAAUUAAAUGAUCCAUCAUGAAUAACUUAAAUCUCGAACUCAACAGACAGCAUUUAUUCCAAGUGUGUUGAUAAGUUGGAUCUUUUGUUUACCCUGUUAGUUCCUACUGAGUUUUAAAGGCUGUUAAAUCCAUACAACUCCAAAAUGGUAUUUUUUAGCUUGCACUUUGAGUUACCUCCGCUCCUGACCCCCGGGAUAGUAACUAACACAAACACAAUCCUUAGAGUGUUGGGUGGGAUUAUAGAGUCUUGGACUGGCGACAAGUGAUUUUAUUGUACUUAAUCUAUACGUAAACAUGGCCUUGGGAGUGAGAUGGUCUGAAUAUUAAAGACUUAAAAUGGAACAUCAGAUUUCAGAAUGUCUUCUGGUUCAAAGCUUUUGUUGCAUGUUCUCUAGAUUAGUCUAUAUAUAUACUUGAGGCUUAACAGAGAAACUGCAAUGUUACUGUGUCAUGCUUGUUGUUCCUAUUUUGUUUUUUUAGUAUAGUUCUUAAAUUAGCAUACUUAGUUUUAAAAUUAUGAAGGGACAGUUUUAUGUUUGUCAUUUAUGUUUCCUCCUAAUUACAUUAGAAGCUUUUGGAACUUGCACAGUCAGUAUUUAUAAAGGGAUUGUAUAAUGGUAAGUUUUUCCUGGGACUUUCCUUUAGCGUUCAGUCAUAAGAAAAUGGUAAGAACUAGACUCUGUUGAUAAACAUGGUUACUAUUAUGUAUUUGUUAUGCUUCCUAUAAUGCAGCGUAAAGCAUUGAACACACACUUAAUGAAGAAUCACUUGAAUUUGUAUUAUCUAUAACUUGGGAAAUUUUGUAAUCCUUGAAAGAGACCCAGUUUUCAAGAUCUAUUUUGACCACCUUCAAAUACACUCUAAUACCAACUGUGUACCAGAUUCUGUGCUCUGAAAUAGUUUAUAAGUCAGCCUGUUUAAAAUGAAUCAAAAACGCACAGUGGUAGAAUGGUUUGUCUACCUAACUUGUGUAAGGCCUUGGGUUUAAUUUUAAACUAUGACCAAAACAUUAAAAAAAGGCAUGAACACUUAACAUUUCUAAGUAAAUGUUUUUAUAAGCCAUUAAAUGUGAAGUUGUGAAGUUCUCAUACAAACUAAAUAAACCUGUUGGGAAUCUAUCUUAAUUAGGAUUGCUAUUGCUGUGAUGAACUGAUUAAAAGCAACUUGGGAAGGAAAGGGGUUAUUUUCAUCACUUCCAUAUCACUGUUCCUCACUGAAGGAAGUCAAGGCAGGAAUCUGCAGGUGGAGGGUCAUACAGAGUGGUUGGUGCCUUCUGGCUUGCUUUCCACAGCUUGCUCAUUUGCUUUCUUACAGAUGCCGAGGCCACUAGUCCUGGGGUGGCACUGCAUACAGUGUCCGGGCCCUUUCCAUCAAUCACUAAUGGCUGUCCUACUUCCUUAUUUCAUGGAGACAUUCUCUCAGUUGAAGUUCUCUUUCUGGAUGUUUCUAGCUGUGUCAGAGAUCUAGUAAGGGUGUGAUGAUCUUUUAAUGCAGAUAUGUUUCUUUUCCUUCUUAUUAGUAUGUAAUUAUUUAAAACAGUGGCUAUCAUGACAUCUAAUAUUGGCAUACAUGCAUGUAAUGGGCUUUGGUCAUACUCCCAUUAUUACUUCAUCCCCUCCCCUGUUCCCAGAAGUGUCUUAAAAGUUUUAUUAAUGUGGGUAAGAUCCAAGAUCCUUUAUUCUCCUUGUCUGAGAGCACUUGGAACUCAAGAAAUGAACUGUCCUGGACUAUUUUUCUAUGAUAAAACUAUCUCCUAAUGUGGUUCAAUUAUUAAAGCCAAAAAAUCUGGAGUUAGAUAAACAGCUACAGUAAAUUUAACUCUAAAAUCAUGGUUUUUAUUCUCAUAAUAAUGCAGUAUAAAUAUCAUUCUUGGUCUUAGCUUUAAAUGAUUUAUGACUCUGAGGGAUAUAUUUUUCUUUAUAUGUUUAUUCCCUGCAUUACACACUAUUGGGCCGAAAUACACAAACAUGCACACUGUAUAAUGAUGUUCGGAUUGUCAGUAUUUUAUGAUAAUGUGCCUUAUAUAGUCUUGGAAGUUUGUAAUGCAACUGAAAUGGUAAAAUGACAAAUUUGUACUUAAAAGUGGAAUGCUCAGGUAAAUACGAUUAAACUCAAAAUGGAAGGUGGGAAAGACAUUCUGCUUCCAUGGACGCCAGAAUCAAGAAUACUUCCCCUACGACGCAAACUAUUAACUUUAGAUAGCCUGUUGUAACUUUAUAAAAAUAGUUAUCUUUAUAUCUGUCAAAUAGAGAUCAUGUUUUUAUUGUAAAAAAUGUGAUCUUGAUUUUAAAAAAUAAAUUAUUUGUAUAAUUUUGAAAGACAAGGUUUUCAAGGUAUGAUUUCAUCUCAGAAUCUGACUGCCUCAGAAUUAACCCCUAAUGCAAUGUCAUCGGUGGAUUCAUUUUGAUUGGUAAUAAGUUGUCAUUGUAUAUAUUUUUGAUAUUAAUAAAAUCUAUUUGUAAACGGUC